AUGAACCCUUCGGUCCACUCUCCCCUCUUCCCCAGCCGAAACCCGCUCCAACUAGCAGAAUUCUUCACGACUGGUGCUGAGCCACGAUACUCUAGCGGAAGGCAUCAGGAAUCACUUACCGCCUCUCCUCACUUCUCAUAUCGAUCUAUCGGGCGCCUUUCCUCGCCACUUUCACAACCAAUCCGAGAAUGGGGCGCUGAAUACGCUGAGCUGACCUGCCUCGAGAACAUCACCUACACCACGAGCCUCUUCCUCCCCCUCCGCACCUCGCCCACAGCAAUUCCAAUGCAGGAAAAGCCGAGCACGGUUGCGGCCUACGCGGCCGGGGCCUCACUCGCCGCCGUCGCUUUAUUCUAUGUCUUCGGCCCGAAUUACACAAUCGAUGGGGACGAGUCCAGCGACAGUAACCGGAAAAAGAGCAUUGUGGGAUUGUCAAACCUGGCCAAUGAUUGCUUCAUCAAUUCGGUGCUGCAGGCUCUGGCAGGUCUGGGAGACCUUCGAGUGUAUUUGAUCCGCGAGCUACACCGGCGCGAUCUGGACGGCCCAGAGAUCUACAACGCGGUGCCGAGCCCGGAUGAGCUAUCGCGCGCUGAGCGGCCGGAUAAAUUGCGGGAGCUGCAGCAGGGCAUUAUUACACGGGCAUUGAAGGAGAUGCUGGACCGGUUGAACGAGCGCCCGAUUUAUAAGAAGAUCAUCUCGGCGCGCGGUUUUAUCCAGGCAUUGGAGUUCGCGUUCCGCACGCGCAUCAGCCGCAACCAACAAGAUGCGCAGGAAUUUCUCCAAAUCGUCCUGGAGCGGCUAUGUGAUGAGUAUCAUGCUGGAGUGCGCGCCAGGCAACGCGCGCUCGGUCCCAUUGCCACACCGGCUGGCUCGGGCACGGCUGUGGAGGCCUCGGUGGAUGAAAAUGCGGCCUCGGUGGAAGUCCGCAUUGACGACGGAUCAUCCAACGGUCUGCCUGCAAUUAUCGACAACAAGUUGAAAGAAAUUGACAGUGAAGCUGGAUUCCCGUUCGAGGGCAAGUUGGAAUCGCAGAUCGUGUGCCAGCAUUGCCAAUAUCAGUAUAAGCCGAAUCAGACGGCUUUCGUCAACCUGACUCUGCAGGUGCCACAGAAGAGCUCUGCUACGCUCAAUUCGUGUUUUGACGGUCUUUUGAAGACCGAGUACAUUGAUGACUUUCGAUGCGACCGGUGCCGUCUGCAACACGCGAUUGAACUCAAGACGCAAGAGAAAUCCCGAGCCUAUUCUCAAAAUGAAAAAGACCGACUUGACGGGGAAAUCGCGCGUAUCCAAGAGGCAUUGGAGUCGGACCCCGAGAGUGAGCUAGAAGGCAUUGUGAUGCCACCAGCAGACCUCGCGCCGAAGCGAAAGAUUGCCCGCCACAUGCGCAUCGUGUCCUUCCCAAAGGUCAUUGCGAUUCACCUUUCGCGCUCGAUCUAUGACCGCAAUAGUUCCACUAAGAAUGCGGCCAAGGUAUCAUUCCCUGAACGGCUACCCUUGGGUGGAAUCUUGAACCAGACAUGGUACAAGCUGCUCGCAAUCGUAUGUCACAAGGGCAGCCAUCACAGUGGUCACUACGAGUCCUUCCGACGCAAUCAUCUUUACGCACCAUUCUCGACCCCCGAGGCCUUCAGUUCCUAUGCCCAGAGCCGCGUUGCGAGCGAGACCCCAUCGGUGGCUCCUAGUCCCCAACUCGCGCCCCGAAGUACCCCAGAUAUCGACGUGGAAGGCGAAAGCAGCAAUCUCUCAUCAACGCCCUCAUCCACCUCCCUAUCAAAUGUAUCCCCGGUCUCACAAUUGACCCCUCCCAUGCCCCGUCCGGCAACCUCCAGCUCUCGCCGCUCUAUCCACAGUACCAACUCCCGGUCCUCCACGCCUCAACCCACCUCCGGAUCAGACAGCAACCAUAGCCCAACUCCGGACCAAGGGCGAUUCAGUACCUCAUCUGCUCCCCGUCCAUCACGUACUAUCCCUCGAUCCUCGGGGGAAGCCAUCUCGGGCGUGAGCUCACGGCUUCGACGCCGACGCCAGCCGAAUGAUCGCUGGUGGCGGAUCUCGGAUGAGAAGGUCAAGGAGUGCAAGACUUCGGACGUGCUGGGCAUGCAAAAGGAAGUUUAUCUGCUCUUCUACGAGAUGGAGCGGGCUGAUUCGAGCCGUGCGGCUGCCGUUGGGCGGCUGUGA